AUGCAUGAGAUUGAAGGGCUAUUGUCGAGUAGAAGUAUUGACGUCUGCUUAAUACAAGAGCCAGCCACCGACUGUAAAGGGAUCUAUCUGUUCGACAGACGUCCGUACAGGGUAGUAGCGAGCGGGGUCGGGCCUAAAGCCGCCAUCGUCGUCGCGAACCCCGCAGUCGGCAUCCUGAGUUUGCAGCAUCUCAGUACCCCCCAUAUUUCCGUAGCCGUGUUCACUGUUGGAAAUCUCCGCUUAGUGCUGAUAUCAGCAUACUUUCAAUUUUCGGAACCAACACAGACACAUGUUGACGCGCUCGAAUCCGUACUGGACUCGGUAAGCGGCAACGUGUUAGUCUGCGCGGACGUGAACGCACGGUCUACGCUUUGGCACGAACGCGGAGAGAUGGUCGUGGAACUCAUAGGUCGGAAAAACCUUACCGUAAAUAACCUAGCGGGCAGUGUGAAUACAUUUAUAAAUCGUGGGUCUGCGUGCUUGGACGUGACCCUUACGUCUUAUGGCGUGAAUGUGGCGGACUGGACCGCAGUCCACAAUUUGACGUCGAGCGAUCAUGCGAUCAUAAGCUUCGACGUCACACAGAACUGUGCGCGCCUGAAUGACAGGACAGAUCCUUUCGUAAAAUACGACUGGAGUAAAACGAAUUGGAAUGAAUUCCGUAAGUCCUUAAAACUCAGAGUAAGCGCGUGGAUGACUGAUUUGGAAAGUCCGGAUCUUGAUACUAGCACUGCAGCACUCCUAUAUAAUUACAAUUUAAUAACAAAUAUAAUAACAAUUUCAACGGACACGCCAUAA